AUGGAGGAACUAUUAGCUUCACAUCGUAAGCAGAAUAAAGAUUUGCAGAACCAAAUUACAGGGAUGAAGAAACAAGCAACGAAGUCUUCGAGGAAACAAGUAGUGGCGAAAUGUGAACAGUUACAAAUGGAUCUGAAAACUAAACAGGAACAAGAAAUAGCGGAGUUGAAUGGAGCAGUGGAUGGGGUGGACGCAGAUGAAGUGACUCCCGAGCAACUGCUGGCUCAAGUGUCAAUUAGUGAAGAAGAGUCUGUGCCUGUUGUCCAACAACAACAACCAAAGAAGAGAAGAAAUAGACAGAAGGAGAAACUGGCUAAGAGAGAUGCAGAAAUUGCUAAAAUGAAAGAAGAAGCAAGGAAGGAAGCUGCAGUUCAACCGAAUUUACAAAAAAUCGAACAAGACGCCAUUGAUAAAAUUUGUGAACUAAAUAAAGUUAAUCAAUUUGAUAUUAAACCGGAUGGUCAUUGUUUGUUUGCAUCAAUAUUAGACCAAUUACAAACACGACACUCAGAGUUUUUAAAAAUUUAUCCAGAUUAUGAUAUAUAUAAGCUAAGAUCCGUGUCCUGCGAUUAUAUUCGUGAACACAAAGAUGAUUUUAUACCAUAUUUGUUUGAUGAAACAACUAUGCAAAUUCAAGAUAUUGAUGAUUAUACUAAAGAAAUGGAAACUACAGCUAAAUGGGGUGGUGAAAUUGAAAUCCUGGCCUUAUCAAAAAUAUUCGAUUGUCCGAUAUCUAUUAUGUUUAGUGACAGACCACAACAAAAAUUUAAUGAAAAUGGGAAAUUACCCGAAUUGAAACUUGUUUAUUAUAAGCAUAGCUACUCACUUGGUGAACAUUAUAACUCCUUGCAUGAUAUAAUUAAUUGA